AUGAGAAUAACAUUGAGAAUGAAAAUAAAGAAACAAAGUGUGGAGUUUAAUGAAGGGCAUAUUGAGAAUGACAAAAAUAAAAAUGUUGAAGAGAAAAUAAAGGAUCGUAAGGUUGGAAUGCAUUUUACUCUAUUGAUGAGAUUGUUGGGAAUGGGUUUCGGUAGGGGGCAUGAAAAUUUGUCAUUUCUAGAGAAGGAUGCAAGAAACUAUCUUGCUAUAGUUAGGCGUUUACAGCUUGGGAAAGGAGAUGUUAUCGCUAUGCACAAUUACUUUUUGAAGAUGCAAGCUGAUAAUUUUGACUUCUUUUAUAUGAUGGAUUUAGAUGACGAUGGUCGACUGGAAAAUGUAUUUUGGGCAGAUGCGAGGAGUAGAGUCGCAUUCAAAGAAUUUGGUGAUGUAGUUAUGUUCAACACAACAUACUUGGUUAUCAAAUAUGUCAUGCCAUUCGCUCUUUUCAUAGGUGUAAACCAGCAUGGGCACUCAACAUUAUUAGGGUGUGGAUUGAUAAUAGGAGACGACACCAAGACUUUUAUGUGGCUAUUUCAAUCUUGGCUUCCAUGCAUGUCUGAAUGUCCCCCCAGUGCAAUUAUUACAGAUCAAGACAAAGCUAUGAAAAAAGCUAUAAAGUGUGCAUUCCUUAAUUCACAACACCGAUGGUGCUUAUGGCAUAUCAUGAAAAAGCUUCCUAAAAAGUUGAGUGGGUAUAAACAAUAUGAAUCAAUCAAGUUUUUUAUUCAAAUUGUGAUUGAUGAUUCCUUAACAAAAGAAGAAUUUGAAAAGAAUUGGGAACAUUUCAUUGAGAAGUAUAAACUUGAAAGCAAUGAAUGGUCACUUAGGUUGUACGACGAGAGGCAUCGUUGGGUACCAGCCUUUGUUAAAGAUAUUUUUUAG